AUGUCUCUCAAAUUCUUCAAACCCCUUUUUGAUUCUUUCACAUGGCCCCUACAAGAACUCAAUGUUGAGCAAUUUUUCUCCUGUUUUCUUGGUUUUUUAUCUUUACUAUGGUUCGUUUGGUGUUUCAUUAGUAACUCAAACAAGGGAUUGCCACCGGGGACUAAAGCUUUGCCUUUGAUAGGUAAUCUACAUACUCUCAAUCCUGAACUUCAUACCUAUUUUGCAUCUCUGUCCCAAACUUAUGGCCCCAUUUGUAGACUCUGGCUUGGUAAAAAACUUGGGAUUAUUAUUACUUCGCCUGCAUUAGCUUGUGAGGUUCUUAAGGAUAAAGAUAUCAUUUUUGCUAACAGAGAUGUCCCUGCUGCUGGAAGAGAAAAUUCAUAUGGUGGCAAUGAUAUACUUUGGAAUCCUUAUGGACCGAAAUGGAGAAUGUUGAGGAAGGUUUGUGUUCGCGAUAUGCUUAAUUGUUCUGCUUUAGAUUCUGUUUAUUCACUAAGGAGAAGGGAGCUUAGACAAUCGAUCAAUUACUUGUAUAGUCAGAAGGGUUUACCCGUGAACGUUGGUGAACAGAUGUUCUUAACUGUGCUUAAUGUGAUUACAAGCAUGUUAUGGGAUGGCACAGUGAAGGGUGAAGAAAGAGCUAGUGUUGGAGCUGAGUUUAGGCAUGUUGUGACUGAGAUGGCUGAGCUGGUUAGUAUUCCUAAUCUUUCCGAUUUUUACCCGGGCUUGGCUUGGUUUGAUUUCCAGGGUGUUGUAAAGAAGAUGAAGGUGUUGGUAAAGAGAUUUGAUAACAUGAUUGAUCAAAGACAAAAAUUGGAUAGAAAUGGUGUUGGCCAAGAAAACAAAGACUUUUUGCAAGUUUUGCUCAAGUUGAAAGAUGAAACAUAUGCCAAAAUGCCUCUCACCAUGAUUGAACUCAAAGCCUUACUUAUGGAUAUGGUUGUCGGUAGAACUGGCUCAACCGCCAACACAGUUGAGUUUGCCAUUGCUGAAAUUAUGCACAAACCCGAUGUCCUGAGAAAACUACAACUAGAACUAGAUAUAGUGGUGGGAAAAGAUAAUAUUGUGGAAGAGUCUCAUAUACAGCAAUUACCAUAUCUUUAUGCGGUGAUGAAAGAAGUCUUGCGCAUACAUCCAGCUAUUCUACUAUUGGCGCCACAUUGUCCUAGUGAAACAUGUACUGUGGUAGGAUACGUUGUUCCUAAAGGAUCUUGUGUUUUCAUAAACGUUUGGGCUAUACAGAGAGAUGCUUCUAUUUGGAAAAAUCCAACAGAGUUCCGUCCAGAGAGAUUUUUGGACAAUAAAUGGGAUUAUAGUGGAAAUGAUUUGAACUAUUUCCCAUUUGGUUCUGGUAGAAGAAUGUGUGCGGGGAUAGCCAUGGCAGAGAGGAUGUUCAUGUAUUCAUUGGCUUCGCUCAUUCAUUCUUUCGAUUGGAAAUUGCUCGAAGGAGAGACAUUAGACCUUACAGAGAAGUUUGGCAUUGCUUUGAAGAAGAAAAUGCCUCUGGUGGCUAUACCUAUUCCAAGAUUGUCUAAUCCAACACUGUAUGAGUAAGAUAAUAAUGUAUCUGCAGAGAGUCGUGUUCUAUAUGACGAUUUUGUCUGUUGUAUGACCAUUUGAAAUUGAUUCAAAGCUUUCUAUGCAGCAAAAG